ACAUUCCUGUGUAUUUAUAUUCUUUGAAUUUUAUUUUACUCGCGUAUCGCCGUAUCACUCUAUUUUAUUAUCUAUUCGUAGCAAUUAUUGGUUUCCAACUUUCAAAUCAAAGCAAGAGAAAUGUAAUCAUGUAAUCAUAAUUCCUAAUAAUAAUGUAAUGAUAUAUAAUAAUAAUAAAUAGAGGAUCGAUUAAAAUAUUUUAAUUAAGCGUUGUCGGUAAAAUAAUUUCAGAUGUUGUACUUCGAUAUGGAAAAUUUCUGCAAGCACGCCACAAAAACGGAAAGAAUGGUGCUGGAGCGAUACGUGGAUAAAUAUAAAUAUUUCCAUUGCAUUUACAUACUAUGGUCUUUCAUAACCACGGCUUUCGUCAUAUGUAGCCCAUUAUACUCGUCUCAAACGUUUCCCACGCAUGCGAUAUAUCCGUUUUCAGUGAAGCACCAACCAUAUAAUAGUGUAAUUUUCUUUCAUCAAUCGUUGGUUGGUUUCCAAGCAUCGUCAGGUAUGGGCAUCGAUACUCAAGUUGCUCUUCUUUUACGAUACGCAACUGCCAGGUUCGAGCUUUUAGGAAUCCAAUUACGCAACGCGAAGAAUAACAGUGAGCUCAAUGUCUGCAUACAGAAACAUAUUGAACUUUUAAGGUAUAAUAUUACAAACUAUUUUAUGUUGAAAUGGUAUACGAAAGAAAUCCGCUUAUCUAUCAAGUAUCUAGUUCUGGCGACAAUCGCAACAACUACUAUCGCCGUGAUUUUUGGUAGCUUAAACUUAAUCGCAAACCAACCGUUAAUUUUGAAAACUCUAUACGCUAUCGUAGUGUUCAGUGCCAGCGUGGAACUUUUCAUGUACGCUUGGCCAGCCGAUGGAAUGAUGCGUAUGGUAAUGAAAUAAUCAUAGUGCAUAUUUCAAUUAACAGCGUGAAACGAUGAAUUUCAUUUUAUCGUAGAGUGCGAGAGUUGCUACAAGCGUUUACGACACGGCUUGGUAUAAGAGAGAUAUCAGCGUGCAAAGGAAAGUAUUCCGCAUUAU